AGAAAAGGAAACUAAAAUCAAAAAGGCAAUGGAAGAAGAUUUGAAAUCAUUCAAUAUCUUAUUUGGGAUUACAAAUGGAGUUGGCUUAUUAUGCGUUGUCCUCAUGCUUAUUUGGACGUCUCAUUAUGCUGGAGGAUUUGCAUGGCGUUCAGAUCCUCGAAGACAAUUCAACUGGCAUCCUCUCUUGAUGACUGUUGGCAUGAUAUACCUAUUUGCUAAUUCUAUUAUGAUCUACAGAGCUCUUCGCACUAUAAGGAAGCAAAAAUUGAAGUUGAUCCAUGCUGGUAUCCACUCAGUCGUCAUUUUAUGCAUCAUUGUUGCCCAGAUUGCUGUUUUUGAUUUCCAUAAUCAAAUGAAUAUUCCAAAUCUUUAUACUCUUCAUUCAUGGAUUGGCUUGACAACUGUUAUCAUUUACUUUGUACAGUGGGCUUUGAGCCUUGUGGUCUUUCUCUAUCCUGGAAUUCCCUUGUCUAUCAGAGCUGCAAUUAUGCCAUGGCAUGUUUUCCUCGGUCUGUUUGCCUUUAUCCUGGCCAUAGCUACUUCAGUUUCUGGUCUUUUGGAAAAAGCAAUCUUCAAACUUAAAGAUUAUGGUGACCUCCCAGGCGAAGGAAUUCUGAUGAAUGUGAUCGGGCUUUUCUUUAUCUUGUUUGCAGUAUUGGUCGUAUACCUUACAACUGAGCCAAAAUACAAAAGGCACCCACGUCCGGAGGACGGAGCUCUCCUUAGUUCCUCUCCUAAUGAAUAA